UUUUUUUUUUUUUUUUUUGAGACCAGGUCCCUCUCUGUCGCCUGGGGUAGGCUGCAGUGGCGUCAUCGUAGCUCACGGCAGCCUCCAACUCCUGGCCUCAAGCGAUCCCCGCGCUCGGCCUCCCGAAGUGCUGGGACGACGGCGUGCGCCACUGCGCCAGGCCCGCAGCCCUGCCUGUGACAACCCGCCUAGGCUGAACCGGAAGUUGGCGACUGCGCUGGGCCAGGUCCCGGGCAGAGUCCUGCCCGUCGUGCCAUGGUCUCAUGGGGUGGCGCAGGGCGGACCCUGGGGGUCCUCUUGUUCAACCUGCUGCUCCGGUUAGGUUCUAUCAGCUGUGAUUCCAUACCAGUAUAUGCGGCUGUGAAUAAGAGUGUAACUUUUCAUCCGUCACAUCAGAUGCCUUUUAAAGAGAUCCUGUGGAAAAAACAGAAGAAUAAAGUUAUAGAAUGGGAAAACUCCGAGUUCAAAGCUUUCCCACCUUUUAUAGAUAGAGUUCAUUUAGACCCUGUGUCCGGUAACCUCACUAUCUUCAAUUUAACAUCAUCAGAUGAAGAUGAGUAUGAAAUUGAAUCCCCAAGUAUUACCAGUACGACCAAGUUCUUUCUUUAUGUGAUUGAGCCUAUUUCAUCUCUUACUCUUACUUGUAUAUUGACUGAUCAAAACAUUACGGUCCAAUGUGAGAUCCCAGAGCAUGACAACAGCCAUCCAGGACUUCUAAAGUACUCAUGGGAUUGCCCUUCAGAACAAUGUAAAGAUAACUCAGCAUCUGAAAUGUAUUUUGAUAUGAAAAGUGAUUAUUCACAGAAAAUACAAUGUACUGUUAGCAAUGAAGUAUCCACAAAGACAUCAUCAAUCACUUUGGCAACCUGUUUUGGCAACCCAAGCAUUCAUUUUUCAAGGAGCAGGAUUUCUCUAGGUUUAUCAGUACUGUUUGUACUGAUUGUAUCAAGUCUUCUUUUGCUCGGUUUGGCUAUAAGCAGAGGAACAUGAAGCCAAAGGUGUCAAAACUAAAUUAUUUUUAAAAGCCAUCUGAUUUCCCAUUUGAGGAUUGUACCUCUUGAAGGAAACUCCACAAGCCUUUGGAGAAACCUUCAUCAGCAGCUAUACGUUUUAAAAGAAAUAACAACGAACAACUCUACCAUCAGCGUAUUAUAAGAUUGGGUGCUUGCUUUCUUAUCACUAAAUUGUUUUUACUGGACAGGGAAGCAUUUGUUAAUAAAACUGUAAAUAUGUACAUAAA